AUGCGGCAUGAAUAUACCUUGGCACAUGUCCACGUUGCGGAUGUGGACGUGGAUGUGGCGUAUGCGAGUCCUGCGUUGGAACGAGCGAUCUGUGAGUGUGACAUGUCGCGCACGCCGCGAGCCGUCUCACUUGUGUCACUUGCGCGUGCGCGUGCGUCAAGUUCGGCCCUAAGUGCCACGGGCAGCAUGGUAUGGGUACGCGCAGCCCCGCCAGGCAUGGCGCAGGACGAUACGAGCAUGUCGAUCUAUGUACAUCCGUCAUUGGCAGCGGAUGCCCAAGCAGCAGCAGCAGCAGCAGCCGCCACGUCCGAUGCACAAGUGGCUGUGCGUGGCGUCGAGCCGAUGGCACUUACCGCGGUGUAUGUGAGUGUGCCCCCACCCGACUACGAGCGGCUGUCGGCAGAUCCGCCGGCACUACGGGAUGCUUGGGAUGGUCAUAUCCUGUGGAAUCGCUCGACAUACCCCGUGUUGGACACACAAGCACGCAUCGUGAUGACAGAGCCCGUGGAGCAAGGUGUUGUCGAGAGCGCGACGACUCGCGUGUUUGUGGUGCGUGAUGAUACAUCGGCGGCGCCGGACCUGGGUGCGGCAACGUCGAGGACACCUGGCUCACGAAGGAGCGACGCCGACGCGUCAGACGCAGCCACAGACAGCAUGUCAGCGACGGAGGCGGUACCUGUGGUGGAUGAGCGCUUUUUGGCGCCGGAAGACGCCAAGCCGCUUCCACAUUCGUUCCAUGCGCGGAUUGUGCCGCGGUCGCAGCUUGUGUGCGAUGCGAUCGAGGCAUGGAAGCAGCGGAACAACAACGUGUACGUGGACGACGCGAGUGUGGUUCUUGUGCGUGAACAAGCGCUUCUGUCGAUGGCGAUCUUUGACGGAAGCUGGGCGAUCGUACGUGCCGUUCCUGAUCACCGGCCGCAUGUCGUGCGUGUGUUUGCUACGUACGACGCGAGUCUCGCGCUGGACGAUGCGUAUGUGCCGCCCAUGCUGCUGCAGAACUUGUGCACGACCGAGUCGUUUGAUCCGCUGAGGUCCGUGACGCUGCAACUGGAGCCGUCGUCGACGCAUCUUCUGGACGAAGCAGCGAGUGUGCCUUGCGAGCAAGUGAGUGCGUUUCCAGCCAAGCCGCCGUUCAUGCCUUUCGCCGAGUACGUGUGCGUGGCACGGGUGUCGACGCCGAUCUCGACGGACCAAACGUACAUCGUGCAGUGUGACAUGGCGCUUCGGCAAUACCUCUUCAAGCACCCGCGCAUCCUGCGCGAGGGCGACAUCCUGGCUGUGGCGAUUGAUGCGCGUGGCGUGCGAUACGUGCGGCGAGAGUACGAUCGCUCCACGCCCCCGGAGCAGCUCGCAGAGAUUGUGUGGAAGGUCGACAUGCCAGGCGUCCCUGUCAUGUACCUGCGGCAUGCCAUCUACUACUGCGUCACGGACAUCACGCCGCGUGUGACGAAUCCCGAGUCGUUGGACGAGGCCGUGUCGCCUGCGUACCCAGCGCUGCGCCAGUGGUACAUGGACCUCGUGGCGCGCGGCUCCAUCGACAGUCUUGGAUGCUGGCUCGAUGCGCGGCAGGCGUGCGUCGAGCAGAAGGAUGCCGUGUCGCGCCGCGUCGCAGAUGUGCGCACGUGGCACAACCUCGUGAGCGAGACGCCGCCCUGUCCGCCCGACGGCACAUGCCUCACACAGCCGGGCACGCCGUUUGCGCGCCUAUGCUCGCUCGUGAAUGCCAUCCUGUCGGACGAGGCGCAGUCCAUGGGCUUGCACUUGCAUGUGCUGUUGGAUGGCGCGCGAGGCGUCGGCAAGCGAACGCUCGUUCACUGGGUGGCCCAACGCACGGGUGUCCACGUGUUUGAGAUCGCAUGCUCUCUGCUUGCGAAUGACUCUGAUUCACCGACAGAAGGCGUCCUCACUGGACGUGCACUGCGUGCGCGCACGUGUGCGCCGUGUAUAUUGCUGCUGCGUGAUAUCGAUGCUCUGAUCCGCAAGGGAGCGACCGGCUCAGAGCUGGGCGGUGUCACCAAGAUGGUCAAGAGCUGUAUUGACAUCACCCAGGAAGACCUGGUGAUGGUCGUUGCGACGUGUGAAGAUGCGGCGCAUUGUCCACGCGCGCUCCGCGCGCUGUUCAACGAGUCACUCCGACUCGAUCCCCCACCCGAGAAGGCACGUGCCGAGAUCCUGCGCACGGCCCUCGCGUCGCAUGCCGUGGGGGCCGACGUCGAUGUGCCGUCGCUCGCUCUGCAAACGGCUGCGCUUCUCCCUGCCGAUCUGCAAGACAUGGUCGCUCGCGCGUGUCUCGCGAGCAUCGAGCGUGUGGCGGCGACCCAGCCAACAGCGACCAUGGGCGACAUAGUGGCAGCUCGUCCGCUGAUCCUUGCGGCGGACCUAGACCGGGCUCUCGCACAGGUGCGUGUGAGCUACAGCCAAAGCAUCGGGGCACCCAAGAUCCCGAAUGUGACAUGGGACGAUGUCGGUGGCCUCGCGAGCGUGAAGAACGAGAUCCUCGACACAGUGCAGCUCCCGCUCGAGCAUCCCGAGCUGUUCGCUGACGGCGUGAAGAAGCGCAGCGGUGUGCUGCUGUAUGGCCCGCCCGGCACAGGCAAGACCCUGCUUGCCAAAGCCGUCGCGACGACAUGCUCGCUGAACUUUUUCUCUGUCAAAGGUCCUGAACUGCUGAACAUGUACAUUGGUGAGUCAGAGGCCAAUGUCCGUCGUGUGUUCCAACGGGCUCGCGAUGCAAAGCCAUGCGUGAUCUUUUUCGACGAGCUGGACUCGAUCGCUCCGAAGCGUGGGCGACACAGCGACUCGAGUGGUGUGAUGAACCGCAUUGUGAGUCAGCUGCUGGCUGAACUGGACGGCAUGGCCUCAGGCUCUGCUGCGAGUGAAGUGUUUGUGAUUGGAGCGACGAAUCGACCAGACCUGCUAGACCCUGCGCUGCUGCGACCUGGCCGCUUCGACCGUCUCCUGUACCUGUCGGUCGCAGAGACCGACGAUGCACAGCUGAACAUCCUGCAAGCGCUGACGCGCAAGUUUGCGCUUGACGAGGACGUCGGUGAUAUGCGCGUCAUUGCACAGCAGUGUCCUUUCAACUUGACGGGUGCCGACUUUUAUGCGCUGUGUUCGGAUGCCAUGCUCAAAGCCAUGACGGAAAAAGCCGCCGAGGUUGACGCUGCUGUUGCUCGUGUGGAUGCCGAGCCCCGGACCGGCGAGCGUGCGCACUGGCCGAAGCCCAUGAGCGUGCCAUUUUAUCUUGCGAAGCUUGCCAAGCCACACGAGGUGCAUGUGCGUGUGCAUCGGCGUCAUUUUGAAAGUGCGCUGAAAGACCUGACGCCCUCUGUCUCUCCGCAGGAAAUGGCACAUUACCGCGAAGUGCAACGGACGUUUUCGCAGCCUCAGAACAAGUCGACGACCCCUACCGCCGAUUCGUCGGCAUCCAUGCCGUUACCAAAAUCGCAGUCGCAGCCACAGUCGCAGCCGCAGUCGCAGCCGCAGUCGCAGCCGCAGUCGCAGUUGCCACCCGCAGUCGAAGCCACAGCCGCAGCCGUAGCUGCACCCCUCCCACCAUCAUCACCAUCUCCUCAUCGCCAAGACGAUGCUGAUCAAGUACGCUUUGAAAUGCUUGGUGAAGAACGACAGAAAAAAGCACCCAUUACGUCCGCCUCAAAAAAGAAGGGCAAGAGUCGCGCAACAUAA